AACAAUAAAACGACUGAAGACACAUCGGUGCAUGGUGGUUGUUUCCAUAGGUACACAUGGUGUGCUCAUACGACUCGUGUACCAUUCCCACUUUACGUGUUCAGUUUCGUUAUAAUCCUUGGAUUUGCUUUUCCGUUCACGUCAGCUCCGCUUGGAACUCUCUUCUCAGAAAUACUUGGACCACGGCCACAGGGCUUGAUGCAAGGAAUAUUCGAAUUUGGUGCUUGCAUUGCACGCUGUGUCUCGCCGAUUGUUUUGACAAUUCUAUUCGAAUCAACUGGAUACAUUUGGACCACAGUGAUGCAUAUGGGACUACUCGCAUUUGGAAUGUUUUUGCUGAUCAUUUUCUAUCGACGGAUGGUACCACUGAAAAUGCCACGAAGAAUCGAUGUUGCAGUAAUUCAAGCCGAUGAUCCAGAUAAAGGAUCGUAA